UCUCGCAAGCUCUCAACAAGCCAGUGAAGACCCGCUGCCAUAUUUGAAGAGUGCGCUGUUACUCUCUCCUUAAAUCGAUUUUCUCUAUUAUUCCCACACCUCCAAAACCCGGACAGCCUUAUAAGUGAGCGGGAAAACCUCGACGCCGCGUUAUCAUGCUAAAAACCCCGAAAUAACGAGAUAACACGUCGGGAAAAGCGGUUAAAGCAAGGGAUUCAAAUAAGACAUGGUGGUGGAUGGACUAAUAGUAACCAGUGGGCUCAUGUUUCGACGAUUAAAGCCUUCUGAGCAGUGUUGACGCCGGAAAUGUGAUGUGAAAUGGUUGAUUCUGGUGUCUGGAAUCCAUAUCCCUAAGCACAGGCCGUGGAAAAUAAGGGAAAGUGGUGAAAUAGCCGUGUUUUGGGGGAGUGUUUUGACCCUGGUGGGCGAGUCCAUUUGGCAGCGCGGGGGAGGGCGGUGCCAGCCAGGCCUCCACAACGUAAACAAACUGCCAAGAAAAUAAAAGAUAAAGGCCAAAGGAAAUACUUAGAGUGGAAAUAAGACAUCCAGAGAACACAAGAGAGUGGAAAUAGGACAUCCAGAGAACCCGGAGAGAGGAAAGGAGGACAUCAAGGAGUGCCGUGAACCAGUGAACAGAACUACGUCUUACCGCCCUCAAUUUUCUUCCAUUUUCCGAACUGCGAAGGAAAGAGAAGAAAGGGGAAGGGAAAACGGGGAGAACAGGAAACCCGGACAAACUGUGAACUGAAAGGAAGUGAACUACGUCUUAGCACUACUGUUUUCUUCCCUCCCUCGGCAAUGGUUGUGGUUUUCAAUGUAUUCACACAAGCAUUCCUCACAUAAAGGACCCCUAGACACCAUAUCGUCGAAACCUGACUGACCGUGCCGUGAAAGUGAGUGUUAUUGAGGCGAACCCCCCCCCCCCCCUAGGGAAAGAAAACCCCAGGGGACAGACAGUCUCUGGCUAUCGGUGUGUGCGACCCCCUAGGGCACACCUGGAAACAUGGCACAUCUAGGUCGAAAGUUUUAUUGACCUUUGUGAUAAACUCCUGCCAAUCUGAUUGACCUGAAGGGAAAGUGAGUGAUUAUCAAAGCCCCCCCAGGGAAGAACACCCCCGGGGACAGUGUCUGGUUAACAGUGUGUGUGACCCCCAAGGGCACACCUGGACAGUAUGUUUUAUUGACCAUUGUCGACCCACCGGUGUACCAAUAUGCCGGAGAAUGAAGCAGGAGGCAUCGCACGUCCAUUGAUGUUAGUCGCCAGGGGCACAAGGAAGAAGAGGAGUGUGGACGUUUUAUUUCCAUGGACUGUAUGAUUAAGAGUGAACGUAAGAAGAAAAUAUUGACGGAAGAGAUACAUAUCAUUAACAUAAUUGAGGCGGUGAGAAAAAAGGACUGCAGAGAAGAGAAAUUAGGCCUAAUUGAAAGCAGUGGAUCAUAGUGUGUAUGAAUGAGCAUUGCUGUGAUUAUAUGAGAAGUUGAAGAGGUUCAGACCAAGCCGGCAACACAACAAAAUCCAAGCCCUGAGGUUUCCUUGGGGUCUUUUGGAUUGUUGUGUGUACGCCAGCUGUUAGAGCCUGGCAGGUGCCAGGAUAACCAGUCUUGGGGAGCACGGUGUCAGCGGUGGGGCAGGACCGGGUCAUGCAGGCGGGGGUGCCAUGGUGCUGGUGAGUGGGGGAGGGGGGGACGGCUCGGGUGCCGCCGCAGCCGGGGGUAGAGUUGGAGGAGCGGCCGCCGCAGCCCAAGCCAUGGAUAAGGCCUGGGGGAUGACCGUGGCCCCCCCCAAUCAGCACAAGCGCCAUGACCCCUGGCACAAACAUGAGCUGGCGGACAAGGAGAGAGCCAAGCAGAUGCGUGAUAUGGGAGGAGGAGGGUAUGGGGGACGGCCAAACUUACUGUAUGGCAAGCUGUGUUCCGAGGACCAGUUGCAGCAGUUGGGAGUCUCGCUUGAGUAUGUCCCACCUGAAGGCCAGUUGUCCUCAUCCCAUCGUGCCCCGCAGCAGCUUCCUUCUCAUGGAUCGAUUGGCGGUAAUCAGGCAGCAGUGAGUGGGGGAGGAGCCUACAAGUCAGUUCCGUUACAGGCCCUGCACCGUUCUCCCGCUGAGCGUCGACAUCGGGACCCUGCACAAGGUCCAUUACGGAAACUCUCAGUAGAUCUCAUUAAAACUUAUAAACAUAUAAAUGAGGUUUACUAUGCCAAGAAAAAGAAACGAGCCCAGCAAACUCAGGGGCAGAGUCCCAGCAUGCACAAAAAGGAACGAAAGGUCUACAAUGACGGCUACGAUGACGACAACCAUGAUUACAUGAUCAAGAGUGGGGAAAAAUUUGAAGACAGAUAUGAAAUAGAUUCACUAAUAGGGAAAGGAUCAUUUGGUCAGGUUGUCAAGGCUUAUGAUCAUGAGGAGCAGACCUGGACUGCAAUCAAGAUCAUCAAGAACAAAAAGCCAUUCCUAAACCAAGCACAGAUUGAAGUCAAGCUGUUGGAGAUGAUGAAUCGGGCUGAUUCUGACAACAAGUAUUAUAUAGGUAAAGACAAGAUAGUUCGGUUGAAACGACAUUUCAUGUGGAGGAAUCACCUGUGUUUGGUCUUCGAGUUGCUGUCCUACAACCUUUACGAUCUGCUGCGCAAUACCAACUUUCGGGGAGUCUCCCUCAACCUGACAAGGAAGUUUGCCCAGCAGCUCUGUACUGCCCUCUUGUUUCUCUCCACUCCAGAGCUACAGAUUAUUCACUGUGAUCUCAAGCCUGAAAAUAUCUUAUUAUGUAAUCCCAAAAGAAGUGCCAUCAAGAUAGUGGACUUUGGCAGCUCAUGUCAGAUGGGACAGAGGAUAUACCAGUACAUUCAGUCAAGAUUCUACCGGUCUCCAGAAGUGUUGUUAGGCAUCCCGUACAAUAUGGCAAUUGACAUGUGGAGCCUGGGCUGCAUACUGGUGGAGAUGCACACAGGAGAACCUCUAUUUUCAGGGGCCAAUGAGGUGGAUCAGAUGAACAAAAUAGUGGAAGUGCUUGGCAUGCCACCCAAGCACAUACUCGACAUGGCCACCAAGGCUCGUAGGUACUUCGACAAGUUACCGGACGGGACCUACAUUCUCAAGAAACCCAAAGACGGCAAGAAAUAUAAACCACCCAUGAGUAGGAAAUUACGGGACAUUAUUGGAGUGGAAAGUGGUGGGCCAGGUGGUCGUCGUCUAAAUGAACAAGGUCAUUCAGUGUCUGACUAUCUCAAAUUUGAGGAUCUGAUAAAGAAGAUGCUGGACUAUGAUCCUAAGACAAGAAUCACCCCUUACUAUGGUCUCCAGCACAACUUCUUCAAGCGAACGAGUGACGAGUCCACAAACACCAGUAAUUCCACCAGCCCAGCGAUUGAACAUACUGUAGCAUCUCCCAUCAAUCAUUCUACAUCACAACCUGUGGCAGUCUCAGGCCGUGCCCGGUCAGAUCCAUCACACCACCACACUCAUACAGGACACUCACACAGCACCAUGGACUGCGAGGUCUUUGGUCAUCAUGCAGCUCACCCUCCACACCCUGCCCACCACCCUCGCCAUGUUCACCCCCACCACGCACACCGUUGUCGACCCCCGGACCCCCGUCCACCAGACAGUGCUGGGCGGCCUCAGCCUCAGGCUACAGCCUCUAGCACUACAGCAGCUGCUGGAGGCUCCCUUCCACCUACUGCAGUGUUUGCUGCUCAUCCAUAUUUACCAAUGGCUCUAGACUGCACCCAGACUGGUUCUGUCAAUUUACCACUGGCACCCAGCAGUGGCAGUAGUGCUUCAGGUCCUCCAUCUGCUCCCUACCAUUAUUCUGGCCUCCCAUCUUUCCCACCCGCUGCAUCUAGUAGUAGUGGCAGCAGUGGAGGGCAGGCUGGUGUUGUAGGUUAUGGGUAUCCAGGUGGCUCCUUGCUACCAGUAGUCUCCGGAGGCCCAGGAGUCAUGUAUGAGGGGGGACGACCACCUGGGGGCCAGCUGGAGCAACCACAACCACUGUCAUUGUCACAAUCUGGAGCAACAGCAACCACUGGAGCACCAGCCGGAGGAGGAACAGCUGCGGCACCAUCAGCACGGGGGGGACACAGACAGAGUGGCAGUGGCGGUACAGGAAGUGGAGGGGCUCCAGGAGGGUCAGGUACUGGGGGUGAGGACAGCCCUAUGGUGGUACAACACAGCCCCCUAGCAAGUCAUUAACGGCUGGGCUCACCUAGCAACCUGCUCAACAGUGUACUGUGAACAUUGGGCAGUCAAGCCCUGAACAGUGAGACUGAGGAGAGCCUGGCCAGUGAGCGCUAGGCCAGUGGCCACACUGUGGUGCAGGACCGUGUGUGCCUGUGUGAUGUGAGCCUGUAACACCUAGAGUGGAGGCUGGUGGGACCCCACCCACAUUCCGACCCAGCUGCCUGGCCCCCCUCUCUCUGCCGGCGCUGCUUUUAUCUUGUUAUUUAUUACUCGCUGGUGAGGAGGGACUGGCCGUAGGCUGCCUUGCAUGCUGGCUGCUGGGCUGCCUGGGGGCCUGGCUAGCUGUGUUGGCUAAUCCAGUCUCAGGAACUCCCUCCCCCACCGCCACCACUACCACAUAUAAACAACAGUGACUUACCCCCCUACCCACACUUAAUGUACCACCACCACUACCACAAGUCCAUCACAACAUUCAUCAUUACUGUUUGUAUUAUGGAUGGAUGCACCACUUGUGUUGCAGACAGCUUUCUUACUUUCAUCUUGCCAAAAAAUUAUUCUCCAUGAAUUUGGAUGGUUACACUUCAGUACCUGGUGAUACCUUUUCUCUAAUAGUUGUCACUUCACACCUGGUUCAUAUACCAUUAAUGCAAUACUUCCCUCUAGACUUUACCCUUGCCCAUACACCUGUCAACACCAUACACCAUCUGCCCCUCACUCUUGACAUUGGUACAGAGCUUAUUUGAGAAACAGGAACACUGACCUACACCCAGCUGGGGUACCCAAUACACCUGCACACCCAGUUAGUGAUUCAAAGACUACAGGAAAUAUUAUUGCUCUACCCAGUUGGUGCAUCACACAAGCAACACCUGCCUAACACUCAUCACUUGUGCAGCAGACAACUUCUCCACACCCAGCUUGUGGCCAGCUGGAAAAUGCUCAGUCUGAUAGCAGCUUUUAGCAAGCGUAGAUUAUAUUCCAUUCUGUAACUCAAAACCAUAACUAUCAAAAUAUUGUCAUAAAGCAGUUUACACUUAUCAACCAAUUCUAUUGAAUUUCUGUCUCUCCAAAUGCCCUGUUAACAUCAUACCAAAGACCUCACAAUACCUUCAUUCCUGUAGUGUUUCCUUGCCUUUGUCUGGCUGUUUGUGUGAUUUGGGGACUCACCAUUGGUAGAUAAUUUUGUGACCAUUCUUUAUUGAUUGAUUUUAUUUAGCAAAAGUAUUUGCUCACUUUUAACUGCUUUUAACAAUGAAUUUUAAAUUCAAAAGUUUAUCUUCUCUAGUAGAUUCUUAGGUUUUUUUAAAUCUUAAAUGUUUUGAAUUUGGUGAAACGAUUUUCUUAACUUGGCAAUUAUUUUAGUGCUAGGUUUUUAUGAAAAAAUUCUCAUUAAAUUAUUGUGUCAGCUUCUGAAUCAUGUCAUGUAAUAAUACUUCAAUGUGGUUCAGGUAAAGAUGAGUAUUAUCUUUAAAUGAGCUUACAAACAGUGCAUAUAUGGCUUGCAUUCAUACUCACUAAACAGCAGCUACAAUGAGAUAUGAUGAAAAUAGUUUAUAGCAUUGUAACUCCUUCAAUAGGUGCUACAGUUUUUUACUUGAAGGUUUGCAUAAUAGAUUGUGAGACACUCGUUCUGAGGAUUAGUCUCCAUUAAACAAAACAUGAAGAAUAGAAGUGAAAGCGUCUUCAUUAUUUAUUUAUCUUAUUCAUGACAUGAUUUAGUAAAUGUGUGACCACACCAACAACAACCAAGGUGAACCCAAUGUUUGACUGACUUCAUGUGUGUUUUUUUAUUUUAUUUUUUAUUAUUAUUCUACUUUGUGUUGUAUUGAAAUGUUGAUUUGGUUUUCUUCAGUAGUGCUUUAUCUGAUAGGGCAUUUUAUGAUUUGAGUUUCUUCCAUUUAAAAAAAAAGGAAUGUUUGCUUAGUUUUCAUUUGUCAUCAAUUGGAUGUUCACAAAAAAAUACAAAAAAAAAAUUGCCCCACUGAUGUGUCAAUGUAAGGUCUGAAUGAACAAAAUUUCAUGCAUUUUAUAUGUGGAAAGUGUGACAGGUGAAUAAGGCACUUUUAUUCUUUCAUUUAUAUUAUUGUGUACAUUUGCUCAUAGUAGCAUUACCCUUUUUUUGUGAAUGCAGAGCUCACUCACAGCCAGUGUGCGCGGUCCAUGAAGUGUACAUAGUCUAGCGGCUGUAGGGAGACAGGGGGGGGGGAUAGGUCAGUGUCAGGCAGGUAAGGUUGAAAGUUUUCUGGAUUAUCAAAUCAAAUCGUUCAUGACAUUUGAGGCGGGAUAUUUCAACCCCUUUUGAAAAUCCAUGAAACUGGUGAGCUGCCUUAGACCAGUUUUGUAAAGCAAGCACUGAUGUAAAUGUAAUUAGGUUUGAACUUAUUACCAACCCAGAACAGAACUUUUACAUGGAGAGGCUGUCCUCCUACCACAUGACCUCAGUGCUCAGUGGCUUGGGGCUGCUCUAAGGAUGGGGCGUCACUUAGCCAGUCCCGCUAUCCGUUGUGCUGUGUUGUGCCACUAUGGUGAUUUAUCUCGGUCAGUAGCAAUGCAGAGGCCUCAUCAAAUACAACUUUUGGCAUGGAUUUUGCUAAUCUUUCUAGGAUAUUUUAAUUAUUUGCAAAUGAAUGAAUUUUUUUUAUACUACUGAGGAUAAUUUGUUAACACUCACUCCUUUGUUUGCUUGCAUUUUAUUUAUAUCUUCUUUUAAGCCUCAGAAUAAUUGAUGUUUUACAAUUUUUACUUUUCUAUCAAUGCACAAAUGUUAUAUAAUUUUUUUUAUACUAUUUCGUUUUACUUUUAUGAAAAUUAGGAAGUUUUUAUUGUUGUUUCAUUAGUUUUUUUUUAUAUUCUUUUAAAGUCUAAACUGAGCUCUUUGCAUUCUUGCUCCAAAAUUGUCCAAUGAAAAGUAUUAUCAUUGAAGAAUUACUCACGUCUGUACAGCCCACCAAGGGCACCAAUAGUUGAAACUCCUGCCACAGCUACAUUGCUAUGCCUGUUUUGAUACAGGAACUGGUCUUCAAUAAUUCCCUCAUAUUGUGAAGUUUUGUUUUGGAUUUUAUUAGUCCAAAGUAAUAUAGUGUCCUGAAACAGUAUUACUGGUUUUCAAUCUCCAAGAUAUUUUCCUUGCAUCUUGAAAUUUUCAUUAUGCAUUGAGAGUUUAUUGCUUUUGACUUGUAAUAUAAUGAAAUGUAAUAGCUACAGGGAAUUCCAAUAGUAAAUGCUCUCAAUAUCCCAUAGGCCAUUGGUUAUCUUAUACCAUGGAUAUUUACAUGUCAAAGGUCCUUAAUUGGCCUCUGACUGUUAUAUGCCAUUGCUGAUGGUGCAUUGUUCCAGCAGAACACAGUACUGGCAGCCCCUUCCCUGAGAAGCCCACUCAAUGGCCACGAUGCAACCCAAAGCAAACCCACACCACACUCACAUGCUAAGCAAGACAAUUUGAUAUUUUUGGGGGAAUAUCUAAUCAAAAAUAUUAAAGCCAAAGUUAACACAUAACCACAAGGAAAGAUUAAGAUAUUAAGCUAGUAGUACAAUAUGUAAUGGAGACCAGAUUAUUGCCACACUCCAUUGAGAAAAUAUUUUUUGCCCACUUUACCAUAAUUAUACUAUUAAGUCUGGGAGAUUUAGACUAUAAGGUACUACAUGAAGAGUACCGCGAUUCCUCAGUAUCUAGUCAGGGAGGGAGGACGAGGCUGGAAAUGUGUGGCCAUUGGGUGACUUCAGGUUGGUAAGGGAAAGCUCUCAUUGGCUCGUAGACCUGUGGUGCUCCAUAGAGUGCGAGGUGCCGCCGCCCUCAGGAACAUUCUCCUAAUCUGUGUCACUGUCAGUCGUCACGGAUUAGACGCGUUUGAAACGGAACUUUAUGAGAAACAGAAAAAUUAGUCUAUCAGUGUAAUCCAUGAUGACUGACAUUGCCACUUCUGCAACGGGCAAGGUAUAUAGUCCAGUGCCAAAAACCAAGGAAAACAUUUAGUUUUAUAAUGGUUCUUGAUAUAGGAAUGGCACGAGACAGGGUUUUCCUUGUACUGGAGGCUGGUAGUACCUUAGUGUGUGGCAUGAGCCAUGAACUGGGCACUUACACAUUGUUGGCAAAAAUUGUUGUUGGGGUUUUGAGAUCUAGUCUAUGUUGUCUAAUUUAUAUUCAUUCGUGUCAGAAUGUAACAGUCUUGGAAGAAAAGUAAGUGAAAGUGCCGAGAUCAGAUAAAUUUAUAAGUUUUGGCAUAUAUGGCUUGCAGGUUCACCAUACUUUUCUUCAAAUAUGAAAUUGCCCUGCAUGUAAUGAUAUCAUUUUGAAUGCUCUUAAUUCUAAUCUGCCCCAAUUGAUAGCGGAGUACCAACAUGCAAAGAUCUCUUUACCCCUGUUGUAUUGUGAUGCAUUUUUCUCUGCGUGUGAUCCUGUUAAAGUGGUCUGUGUGAUGACGGAUAGUGAUGACGAGUGAAUCUUUCAAAAACAGGUCAAAAUGAUUUCAUAGAUCUUAACCGACUUGUAUAAAUAAAUAAAGCUCCUUGCUGUGCAUUUGCUCAUAGCUGGGGGGGAAAUGUUAGUUUAUAAUCAUAAGUUGUAGUCUUCAUAAUUUAUACAUACAGAGAUAAAUCAUUGGAGUAGAACAUUAGCUGUAGGGUCAUAAACAAAUUUGCCGAGAUAUUGAGACAAUGACAGAGCCUUGCAUAUCAGCUGCAUUGUGGUAGUGUUCAUUAUAAUGUCAGACUAGUGAUAGGUGUGCGGACAUCCCAAUUACUAAUUAUUUGUUAAAAUAUUUGGUGUUGAAAAAUAAUGUAAGAAAAGUCUGUGAUUAAUGUUCUCAUUUUAAGUCUGUUAUAUAGUUUAUUUUUGUUUUUAUUGGCUAAUGUAUACAAUCAUUAGUGUAGAUUCUAUGGUCAGAAUUACUAUCCCACUUCAAUUCCUGCCUUUCCCUGGUUUUAUUGUAGAUUUAAAGAGUUGCAGUCAGGAAUGAACAGGCAAGAGGUAUGUGGCUGACAUACAAGGCUCGGCUCUCAUAGCAACAGUCCCCUACCUGCCUGACCAACCCUCGGACCACCACCGCACAGAACCAGAACCUGAGACAGACAGACAGUCAGAGAACGAAAGAAAGAAAGGAAAGAAGAGAGAAAAAGAAAGGAAGGAAGAGAGAGAGAGAAUGGUGCUCAAAGUAAUUUAAAGGAAUAACAAAUUUGGCAGUCAGGGAGAGGUUAGGCAUAUGUGUUGAGUAACCGUGUACAUGAGGGUUGGGAGGGCAGUAGCUGCUUCCCCAUUGGCUUGCCCAGGUCCCCAGAAGGGUCCUUGCUGCUGACUCUUGGACCAACAAGGUCAACUUGCUAUUGCAACUGACCAAACCUGUGGUCUGACGCCGCUAUACCCGUUGCUACCCGUCUCCUAGACACAACUAGAACAAAAACAAAUGUCUGCAACUUUGUUAUUAAAAAUAAAAUGAUACUAAUGA